GGCCAGUUGCGCUGUGCUGUCGUCAUCGAACGUAGCGCGUUUCCAAAAAAAAAGAACAAAAGGAAGAACUUCACCUUCAGGAUUCGUUCGUGUGUGAAAGAAAAAAAAAUGGCAAUCAUGACUAAUAAAUUGGCACAAAUUGCCAAUGAUCUGCAUGAGAUGCAGCAAUUGAUAACCGAAACGUCCGACUAUCUGCAGGAGAUUGGCGGCGCCAUCGACAAAUGGAAAUCUGAUUUUACCACAAGCGAAACUGUCUACGAAUACAAAGGCAAACUGUCCGAGCUGGUCCUGGGCCUGGAGUAUAUACAUGCUGAGCAAAGCAAGCUGCAGGCUGAGUUUAAGGAAAUCGAAGAGGGUAAAAAUAUUUUGGCCGUGUUGCCGGAACUGAAGGAGAAAUUCGAACAAUUUGGCUGCCAACUGUUGGUGGAUCAAGAUGCAGAGCAGAAUAUACUCUAUACGUUCGAUUUUGGCGAAGGACGCAGCGUUACCGUCAAAGAGCUGGAUUUCCAAUGGUACCUUGUUGAGUGCACUGCGCAGAUUCUGGACUUCAAUACACUCAAUGCCUAUUUAAACAGUACCCAGGAUGUUAUUGGCCUGCUGGCUGUCGUCCAGGAAAUGAUAACCGCAGCCACAUUGAACUAAUCUACAAUAUGCACAUUUAUUUCAAUUAUACACAUGCACGUAGAAUGCUCAAAUAUGCUCUCAAAUCCGUAAUCGCACAUAAUAACCAGAUAUACAAUCUGUUACACAGCUCAAUUAUAUUAGUAUAAAUUUCAAAUAUGAUAUCAAUACGUAAUGUACGAUUUAUUGUUCCUAUAAAUAAGUAGCUGUAAGAUCUGCCUUUGUAGCUGACAGAGCACACAUGUAUAUCUGCGGAUCUCAGUUUGGAGAUCAGGCAAACUUUUUGGAGCAUUCGGCACGCCGACAUGCUGCCCUAUCAAAGGGAUGCGCCUCCGAUCUACCAUCAUUUAAAUAGUCAAUAUAUACACAUAUACAUACAUAUAUAUAUAUAUAUAUAUACACGUAAUAUUUAUUUAUGCACAUAUUAAUCAAUAUAUUUGUUCCAUUAUCUAUCGCCUGGUAGAGUCCAGAGCUGAACGAAUCCAGAAUUUAAUCAAUCAAUAUAAAAUCAUAAACGAGUCGAUACUCAAUUUCGCUCACACUAAGAUAUAUAAAAUGUUAUUAUUCAUAUUAUGAGACUUUUCUCAAAUAAAAGUUUAUAUAGUUCAAGCACCUCAUAAAUGUUCAAAAAAUGAAAAA